AGCUUGAAUAAAAUAAGAGUAGGCACUAAUCAGACACUUGAGAUUGCGCAUGUUCUGUACCAGUUGGUUGAUUCUAGGUUCUGUUUUUGCCAGAGCUAUCGUCAGGUCGCUAUCGACAUCAAGACGGUUUCGCUGUUUAGUUUUAAUUAAAACUAGGGCAGAAAAGCCUGUCUCACAUAUGGAAAUUGAAGAAAAAGGAACUAGUAUUCGUAAAGCAAGAGAAGCAGGUGUCGAAUUAACAGGCAAUCUUUCGAUCCAAAGUUUAUCCAAUGUUAAAAGAUGGAAGUCAUAUUUCAUGGACGAAUCAGCCUUCAUUUCUAAAAAGCCUUCCUGAAAUUCUUCUGGUAAUUGUGACACAUCGACAAAAAAUGGAUUUCUUGUCAUGCGCCAUGUUGAAGCUUUGAUAUGAACCCCUGAAUAUAAUAAUAAUUGCCUAUUACAGUGCUGUUUCUGCCCUGAAGUUUCAAGUUUAGCUCAUUCAAGGAGUCAAAUAUGUCAGCCAAAUAAGCCAACCUCCAUUGAAAUAUGUCAUCUUUGAACAUUGUCAAGAAAUCGUGUUUUUCUUUGAACUCAAGAAAAAGAAUUACCUCUUCUUUCAACAUGUUGCCUUUGGACAGCCAACGUACUUCUGUAUGGAACUGAAGAACUUUGUGAUAGAAUCGACUUCCUCGCAAAGUAAAGUAAAUAA